UGUUUUGAAAAUGAACAAAUCAAUUUCCAGCAAUUCAACUGGCGAAAGUAUAUGGGAAUCUCCUACGCCUCCUGCUCUUCAAUUUGCUUUUGGGGUGAUUGGAAAUGCAAUUGCUCUCGUGGUGCUGAUUUUGUCUUCCAAAAACCAUCAAUGGCGACCGUUUUAUAGGCUUGUGUGUGGAUUGGCUAUAACUGACGGAGGUGGUAUUCUUCUGGUGUAUCCAACAGUAAUGAGUCGUUACGCUUCAAACUUUACAUUUGAAUUUCCAAAAGAGCUAUGUGAUUACAGUUCAUUUAUAUACACAUUUACUUUGAUAUCAUCUGCAAUGAUCAUUUGUGCAAUGUCCUUUGAUCGUUUCUUUGCGAUUCUCUAUCCAUUUCAUUACAAUUCAGGGAACAAAGGUCGACGAACAAACUGCAUUCUUGCAUUGAUUUGGUUCAUUGGACUUAUUCUUUCCACCUUACAUCUAAUGGGUCUAGGAUCUACAUACAAUUACUAUCCCAAGUCAUGGUGUUUUCUCAACUUUGUGGGAGGAACUACCGUAGACCGCAUCAAUUCCUUCAUUUACUCCAUUUCUGGAUUGCUCAUUCUGAUUUGCACGAUCUCGUUAAACAUCUCUGUGAUUGUGACUGUGUGUAGAAACAUUAGACGGGAAAAUAACUUGUCCUCAAGACGACGCGUUAGAAGUGAUGUGUACAUCAUCCUGUUCUUGGUAGUUAUCGUUGUCAUUUUCUCUACGUGCUGGGCCCCACUAAUGGUUGUGAUUUUUGCACAUGCUUCAUCCUUAAUGAAAGCAUCAGAGAAGGGAGGCGAUGGUAAACUAGAACUUCUUGUCCUGAGGUUUGCGGUGACUAACUCCAUCAUUGAUCCUUGGAUCUACAUAUUGCUGAGAAAGGAGACUCUUUUGGGGCUGAGAAAACUGCAACGUGGACUAGAACGUAGACUUCACAUCGUUAAUGAAUCCAUCCAUGACAACAGUAUAGGUAGAAAUUCUGAGAGAGAACGACGUUGCGAGAGAGAACGCCGUAUCUGCCAGACCAAAGUAACAGAGACGGGUUCAACGGUAACCAUAGGAAACAUUGAUGUGUUGAGAACAUGGAGAAAUGAUGUAGUGUAA